GAUAACACUUCUACUGUAUGACUGCCAAGAGCACCACUGACUUAGUGAUUGCUAAAUUUGACUACAAAGCAACUGAUACCCAUGAACUUGGUAUGCAGAAAGGAGAACGGCUAACUUUGUUGGACGAUACUCCACCGUGGUGGCGCGUUAUGAAUUCUCAAGGUAAAACUGGUUAUGUACCGAGUAAUUUCGUAAAACGAUCAAAGCAGGGCAUCUUUUCCAGUCUACGCAACACACUCGGUCGCAGAAAAAGUCGUCAAGAAGGAAGCAUCAGUGCUAGACCAUCGAAAGCGUCAUCUCCUGUCCCAGACAACAACGGAAUUGAAAGCAGUGUUGUGAAACACGGAAGUAUAGAAUCGUUUGGUGAAAAAUUUCAUCAAAUGCACCUGAACUCCAUUACACUACCUGCAUCUGCCAACCCUAAUGGUGAUCCUAUUCCAACACACGUACCCGAUAGGUCUAACCAGUACUCAGUACCUCCUGGUGGUCAUACUAUGGAACUAGUUCGUCGGUCAACAGCCGGGACUUACGACGCUGCUAGCAGAACACACGAUGUAGUUGCCGACAAUUGGGGUCCAGGCAUUACACGCAAUACAUCCUUUCAGUCCACUCCGGCGACUGCCGUAGUUACUUCAGGACACGACGGAGCUAGUUUCGCUAGUUUGAAGCAGAACGGUCAUGCGGUGCUAAGCUCACACCAGUUCUCCCAGGCGGUUUCCGGUCCUUUGGACAAUGCAGCAUAUCUUGGGACCGGAUGCGGAAUGGGCCGUCACACUUGUCAGGCUUUGUUCGCAUAUCCGGCCAGUCAACCGGACGAGUUGUCCAUCGAACGCGGAGACAAAAUUCGCGUACUUGAAAAAAGUUCAGACGGUUGGUGGCGCGGUGUCCUGAUCACCGAGGGUCGACCUGCUUUAAUGGGCUGGUUUCCAUCCAAUUACGUCACCCUCGAUCUGUCCAAAAAUCUCACUCGAUCGGGGAGUUCAUCGCAGCCUAGUAUUUUGAACGCUAGCUCUAUUAGCCAUUGCAACACUGAUACCUCAGUUACACCCACUACAACCACCACAGUAGUUAGCAUAGCGACAAAGAUGCCAACUCAAACGGUGCCUCAACAAAAACAGCAACAACAACCCCCGGGACCGAGGGCUACUGCGUCUACUGCAAUGCUCAACUCCCAGCCUAUUGGAUCGGACUUCAAGCAUGCAUACAGACCCCGUGAAACCGUGCUCACUCUCUAUCCCUUCGCCAGAAAUCAAAUUGAAGAAAUGUCAUUUGAAGCAAAUGAGGUGCUGGAGGUGCUCGACCACCCUGAAGAUGAUCCGGACUGGUUACGUUGCCGAAACACACGUGGAGACACGGGGCUUGUACCGAAGAAUUAUGUUCGAAUACUCACCAUUCCUACCCUCACAACCGUGGCGACCACUGCGGGUGGGUUCGCUCUGGCUCCUCCGAAUGCUCCACCUUCAAAUGCGGCUAGAGUAACAGGUGUCACUUCCACCACUUUGCCUUCCCAAGGUGGACCUGAAAUGUCUCGCGACGAAGGAGAGGAGAUUCGCCUUGCUUAUGCCCUUCAGUCCCUCACCUCGCGUGCAAAUGCCCAUCAACCCUGGUGCUGGGGUGCAAUCUCACGGGCGGAAUGCGAAGCAAUGCUCACACAUUUUGCUCGGCCCGGGGAAUUCAUCAUACGCGAUAGCGAAUCACACCCGGGAGACCUAACGGUUACCAUCAAUGCGGGAAACAAGACUCGCAACUUCAAAGUCCAUGUUGAACGGGGUCAAUGCCUGAUUGGUCAAAAGGUGUUCGACACAGUUGAGGAAUUAAUUGCUCACUAUCAAACACAUCCCAUCUUCAAAAACGAUCAAGAGAAGCAUUACCUCACUCGGCCAUUUGUUCAUCCUGGUCAGUCCGCAGCGAAACGGUCGUUCCAAAUUGCUUAUUCCCUAAAUUCCGCGCAUUUACCCUCAGAUAUGCCCAUCACUGGGCAGUCAAGGUAUUCCUAGUCUACACGAUCGCGCUCUGGAGUCUGCUACACCAAAAGAGUGUUUUUACCCUAUGGAUAUCCCCCAGUAUUUGGAUCGGCAAGACAAGGGAUUAACCUGCCCCGCAUGUUUCCCUCGUGCGCACACCAAGCGUAUAUGUGAAUUUCCAUCUGUUGGCACUGCUCAGCAUCACAGUCCUAUCGUUCUUCACGCGUUUGACAAAUUGCGCUUCGAAUCACUUAAGUUUUCCAUCUUCCUCAUGGAUUCCGUGGAUCCACCCACUGGAUAUCUGUUGGCGAGUCUCGGCUGCCAGAUGAAUACGUCUUCAUCAAUGUUGCUUGGACAUUUCGCUGUCCAUGUAUGCUCGUUUAUUUUCAAAAUGCUCACUUGCAUCCACCGGAAUGCUGCGUUUUUUGCGCGUGUUGCUUCGCUGCAUUAUGUGCCUUUUCUUACUCUCGCGCCGUCUAACUGGAUCGUUUUGUAUACACACUCACUACCACCCUCCGCCUACCAUCAUCAUCUCACGCCGUACGCGUCUUCUAGGUGAUCUCUCGUUUUCUUUUCUGAUUUCUCAACUUUUGUCUAUUCGACGGCGUCUCAUCCACGUUGGUUUACGCUCUGCGGAUUCCCCAUUCAAAAUCGUCACUUCCAUAUCAGUCUUCCUUGUUUAAACUUCCAAAACACCGUUUCUGUGCACCAGUCUGUUCAUUUUUGUUCCACUUUGGUUCCUUUUAUCUGUUCAGUCCUCAUCGCCACAUAAGGUGGCCGUCUUCCAUGCUCAUUUCCAAAUUUAGCGCUUUUCUACUAGUACUGAUCUAGUUAACUCAUGUUCAACCCCCUUCUCUCACCAUUUUCGUUCGCUUUAGCAUUUCGUUUGGCUCUCUCGUUACCACUCUCCCUAUUGUCACUGAUGCGGUUUUACACUAUGGAAUAAAUUCAAACGUUCUGUUUUAUUAUUAUUGCUUCUCCCCAGGUUUGAUCGAGUUUCGAAUGCGACUGUAUCCAGCACAAUCAGCACAGAUGCUCCCUGUUCUUUGCUGCCCGUCCAUUAUACGCAUUUGCAUUCGUCCAACCCGCUUUUGCGUUGAGUAGGAAGUCCUUCGCGGACUUGACAAGCGCCCCAAUCGUGUUAGCAAUACUCUUCGUUGAUUUUAUACGCUUUGCGAACGUCACCGAUGGCCUUUGGUUGUAUUUUUAGCUGGCUAUCAUGCUCUUCCUUCUGUGAAGUUUUCAUUACACUACAUGGGAACCUUUCUCUGGGCUAUUUCAAACCUGUAAAACUCGCGAUGAAAUUCGUAUUUUCCCCAUGAAGUGAAUAACCGAAUAGCGCCCUUACCUUCGCUACGUUUUCGUCCUUUCAUUUUGACUGUUAU